AUGUCUAAAUUAACUGAAAAGCAAGCCUUUCAAAUUAUUAAUAAUAAAUUACCUGCUAAAGCAAAUGUAUCUAGAACAGCUACCCCACCAAAUGCUAAAACUGCCAAAACAACUAAACAAUCAAAAGAUGAAUCAAUCGAUGUUUCAGAAAUAGUUAAAAGUAUUAAAGAAGUGAAUGAUACUCUUAAAGAGUUAAAGUCAAUCUAUUUAAGUGAAAUAGCUAAAAGAAAUGAUUCUACUCCUGAUCCUGUUUCGUUAGAAAGGAUUAGGUUUGUGUCACUGAUAGCUAAUUACUUUUCCCUUGUUGUCGUUUCGAUAUUGGGUGUAUGUUUAUUGAUAACAUUCUUUCCACAGUUAUUGCCAUUCAUUAUUCAUAAAUCAGAGGAAGUUUGGACCCAAUUGAUUAAGUAUUGGAAGGAAUCUAACAUACUGUAUGCUCUUAUCAGAGAUACAAGUGUUAAUUUUAGAGACACAAGUCUUAAAUUUAAAGAUACUGGUCUUAAGUUUAUAAACACAAGUCUUAGUCAUGGAUCAAAGAUCGUGACUCAAUUAGACAAAGAUAUCAGACAAUUAUUAAAAGAAACCAUUCCGGAGUAUGAAACUUAUACCGAGAAGAUUCCUAAUGAUAACCAACUUCAUACACCAAUUGAUAUUACUGAUUUAGCUAAAACUCUCAAUGAGAUACAUACUACCCUUAAUGAAUUCAAGUCUUUAUAUGCUGCUGAAAGAGCUAAAAAAGAUGAAGAUCUCGAAGCUGGCACUUCGUCUUCAACCGCAGAACGUCUAGAUGAUUUGGAUUAUGCAAUUUAUGAAAAAGUUGAUCAAAUAAUUGAUCGUUUGAUUCAACAAAGGAAGAAGGAACUUAAAUCAAAUCGAAGGAUUGUAUUUACUGAAUUAGAACGGGCAAAAUUCAUAAACACUGGAAUUGCCAUAGUAAUCAUCAUUGGUGUUCUGUUUGCUAUAUGGGCUAUGGUAUCGAUAAUGAUUUGGUAUCAAAGAUCUAUUCAAGAUUUAUCCUAA